AAGUGUUUACAGACCUACGCAAAUGGCACUUAUUGAAAACAAAUCACAGAAAGUCUUCAGACGCAUUACGAAAACAACGGAAAAAGAUGAGGAUAGGAUGCUGGCUAAUAUUGUGCAUGUUCUUUAUGGGAACGCUGGCCUACAAGCCAGUUGUGAUACUCCAUGGCAUACUGUCGGGUGCUGAAUCUAUGACGCUUUUGGUGCGGCACAUCGAAAAGCUGCAUCCGGGUACAGUUGUGUACAAUUGCGAUGAGUUUCCUGGCUGGUACAGCCUGGAAAAUGCGUGGCGGCAAGUUGCACAAAUCAGGGACUAUAUUGAUCGAAUUGGAAAACUGCAUCCGGAUGGAUUUAUUGUGUUGGGCUACUCGCAGGGCGGACUUCUGGCGAGGGCGGCUAUACAAAGUUUACCCGAUCACAAGGUCACGACCUUUAUUUCGUUAUCAUCACCCCAAGCGGGUCAAUACGGAACUAGUUUCCUGCAUUUAAUAUUUCCGGAUCUGGCGGCAAAGACGGCCUUUGAGCUAUUCUACUCGAGGGUGGGUCAAUAUACAUCCGUCGGUGGCUACUGGAAUGAUCCGCAUAAGCAAUCGUUAUAUAUGAAUUAUAGUGAAUUCUUGCCGCUAAUUAACAAUGAAAAGAUUAGCUCAAAUUCAACAUCAUUCAAAAUGGGAAUGGUGCGACUUGAUAAAGUGAUCCUCAUUGGUGGACCCGACGAUGGUGUUAUUACCCCCUGGCAAUCCAGUCAUUUUAGUUAUUUUGACGACUCAUUGGACGUGAUACCGUUUUAUGAGCGGGGGAUUUACAUAAAUGACUCGAUUGGUUUGAAAACCUUAUUGGAGGCGGACAAAUUGAUAAUAAUUGUUAAGCCAUCUGUGCACCAUUUAUCGUGGCAUAGGAACAAGAAAGUUAUUAACGAAGUAAUAAUGCCAUAUUUGGAUUGAAACCAAUUUAACCAGAGCGAUUUAAUAGGCUGUGAUUGGAAUGGUGACACAUUCAAUAUAUAGAACUGAUAAGUACAAUAUAUAUGUAUAUAUUGUGUGCAGCGAUGCAAAACAAAUGGUCUGGUUUAGUUCAAGUAUUCACUAUUUUUCGUUAUAGCAAAUAUAGUUUAAACAAUAAAAUAUCAUUUGUAUUGUCUUUCGCAAGAUAUUUUGAGUUUUAGACCACGGUAAGUGUUUCUACAAUUGAGAUUAUAAUUUAAAUAAAUUGUACAAUAACUGAUUAAA